UGAUGACUGCAGCCUCAUUUCAGAGUUUAGUAUAUUGACAUGUUCCGUUUGGAGAUGAUUUUGAUUUCAAAAAUGUUUGUUCUAUUUUUGCCGGUGGGGUUUGUCUGGACGGUCAAGUCAUGUCCUCGAGUGCAGCAAAUAAACACCACUGCCAUUAUACAUCCCCUUCAAAGGUGCAUUUCUCAAUGUCUCGGCCUCUCCAGCUUCUCCAAGAAAUGCACGUUGAACUACAAAACGGGUGGAUUUGCAGACGAGCUUUGUCAAGGGAAGGAGCAAUUUAAACCAACAUGGGCUAAGACAGAUCAGAAAAUGUUGGUCUGCCUAUUGGACGAACUGUAUGAGAAUUAAGUUUUUAUUUUCCACUAAAAGAUUGACUCUCUAAGAAUUAAGAGGACUUUGGGAAGUUAUUUUUAAUAAAAUAAUUUUGAUUUUCGUAAUAAUUAUUUAUGGCUCAGAAAUUUCACAUAAAAUUGAACAAAUUUUGUUAACAUUGGUUCGCAUACAUAAACUUCUGCUAAAAACCUUAUUUUCAGCCGUUCAAAAUAAUAUAUAUGAUCACAAUUUGCAAUUGUUCAAUUAUCUUCAGAGUAGAUGACUCCACUUUCGACUCAAUGCUAAUGUUGCAGCUAAAUUUGUGUACGCACCUAUCAAUGGGGCCAUGGUUUUUCUAUGAUCCAGACACAAACAAGAUUAGUCCACGCCAAUUUUUGAUAGAUCGUUUCAACAAAACGAAAGUAUUUGCGCAAAAGCAAGGUAUUCCUGUCAUCAUGAAUUUCGGCAGCUAUGAAGCAGGUAACGGCAUGAACGGCACCACUUUUUCAAAGGUUGCCGCCGACGUCAACUUAAGGACCCAAUUGAUUAAGAGGAUGCUCGAACUCGUCGACGAAUACAAAUUUGAUGGAAUCAACUUACGCUGGUAUUAUCCAGGCUGUGUUCUCUACGACUGCGUCAAGGGCAACAAGAAGGACAAGGAAAACUUGGUGGCAAUUUUUAAGGAGCUUUAUCCAGCAGUCAAGGCCAAGGGCAAACUAUUGUUCUUGCUUGUUGGCUACGCAGAGUCGUAUGUUACAAAUGGGUACGAUCUAAAUGCUCUAUGGAAUUUGGUUGACUACUUUUAUAUGACGACGUACGAGUAUGAAGGUUCAUGGAGCACCUCCCUUUCCCCCGCUACGGCCAUGCACAACCUUAUUUACUCAAUCGCUGCGGUCAAAGAAAGGAUUGGAGCGGCUCGCAUGACAAAGGUGCUUGCCGGGGUGGCCCCUUUCUGUGUCCUCUAUGAACUGGUACAGAAAAACACUGUGCCUAGAAGCAAAUCUAGUGGAGUCACCAAAGGCCGAGUGACAAAAUAUGCAGAGGUUUGUCAGACCAUAAGGAAGCAAAAUUACACUAUUUUAAAGGAUGACAAGAAUAGCAAUUACGCAUACAACGCGACGCACGUUUUUUCAUACGAAGACUUGAAUACUUUGACCGCAAAAAUAGAGUAUUUAAAAUCCACUGGUGUGGCGGGACUUUUUUUCGGCUACAUUAGCAAAGACGACUGGAUGGACGAGUGCGGCUGCGGCACAAUGUCCAUCAUGAGGAUGACCGCUGAGCUGCUGCACGGCGCUGGCUGCUCGCUGCGUCAGUGCGUGUGACCUGUUAGGAUUUGCAACCCCCGAUUUGCCCCCACAAAUCUUUACUUGCGCGCCACCAUUUGUAAAAUUGCUUCAUGGCUCGUCGCUGAGUGAAUAUUAAAUCUUGUAAUUUCCAUGGAGGUCUGGAGGUCUACACAACAAAACGCAGCAAAAAAUGCUUUGUGUUUGCCAAAUUUCUGCUUUUUCUAUUCUUGUCCUAAUCAGCGAAAUUGUGCAAAUUUACAAUUAAAAUUAAUAUAAUAUAUUGA